UGGCUCGCUAGUUAACGUGUUUAAUGUCGGCGAAUUGCUCCAACGGCAGCCGCGCGUGCCACUUGUAAAGUAGCUAGACACGUCCACACAUCCAGUUGUUGUGCUUCUAUUUGGUGUAUAUGUGGUUGUCUAAUCAAACUUGCCCGACAUGUCUAAUCUUGUGUUUAACCUCGCUCGCUCGUCGCGUGUUUAUGACGUGUGCGGAAGUGUCAAGCUAGCUCGUUCAGCUCGGAUCGUCUCCCCCCGGAGGUGGUGUUAUGGUCGUCUUUUCUAAUCGAAACUGCAAACUACUCCGGGGGAUAACCAACCGACGUCCACGAUGAAGGCGACGCGCGUGUAUUUGUUGCUGCACGUGUUGCUGUCGGCCGGCGUGCUCGUGCACAGCUUCGAGCCGGUCACGACGACGUUGUUCGGCUUCGGCUUGGCGGCUGUGGGCCGAGCGAUCUACAACUAUUUACACGAGAGUUGCGGCCCGAAGUGGAUCCACUUCAACGCGACAGGUCUCCAGGCGGACCUGGAAGCCAAGCUGUUCGGGCAGCACAUCGCGUCGCGCAUCAUCCUGAAAUCGGUGACCGGCUUCAUGGGCAACGACAACCCCAAGAAGCCCCUGGUGCUCUCCCUGCACGGAUGGACCGGCACCGGGAAGAACUUCGUCAGCCAGAUGAUCGCUGACAACAUUUACAAAGAGGGGAUGAAGAGCAGCUUCGUUCACAUGUUCACGGCUGAACUCCACUUCCCACAUUUGAGUCAAAUUGAAACCUACAAGGCUCAGCUGCAGCAGUGGAUCAAAGGCAACGUCACCAACUGUGCACAGUCCAUGUUCGUCUUUGACGAGAUGGACAACAUGCACCCCGGCCUCAUUGACAGCAUAAAGCCGUACCUGGAGUACUACGAAAGCCUGGAUGGAGUUUCUUAUCGGAAAGCCAUCUUCAUCUUCCUCAGCAACGCCGGCGGGGAGAGCAUCACGCAGACGGCGUUGGAUUUCUGGAAAGCGGGACGAGAUCGAGAGGAGCUCGAGCUCAGAGAUCUGGAAACGGCGAUUUCUCUGACGGUGUUCAACAACAAGAACAGUGGCUUGUGGCACACGAGUCUGAUCGACAAGAACUUGGUGGACUUCUUUGUCCCGUUUCUGCCCCUGGAGUACCGGCACGUGGCCCAGUGCGCCAUGGCCGAGAUGAAGGCCAAAAACCUGCUGGCGGACCCAGCCGUGGCGGACCAGGUGGCCAGCGAAAUCAACUACUUCCCGAAAACCGAGAGGAUUUUCUCCGUCAAGGGCUGCAAGACGAUAGCGAGCAAGUUGGACUACUUCUACACAUAACGUCGGGGUCGGCAUCCGAUUGGACGAUCGGCGUGUGCACUUUAUUUUUUUAAAGGAGGAAAGAAAACGCCAAAUGACUAAAUGGAGGAAGUCGAGCCGACUGAACGCUGAGGAGGUCUCCGUGUCCCGCGAGGAGGAGUUCAAUCGGGCCUUUACACUGAAUACGGAGACGGAUGGACGAGAGCGGCCUUAACACUGGAACGCGGUCCCUCGGAGGCGGUCGAGGGGUUCGAUCGCUCCUUCGUGUCUCAGAGGCCGUUUUUGGUUUCCUGAGCUUCUUGAUGACUUAACGGGGCAUCCCUCUUGUCAGUAUGGAGCGCCACUACUGUGCAUCUUCUUUUUUUAUUGUGUCCUCCGUAUUUAUGUCUAUGGAUGACUGGAAACACCUGCCUUCAUUCUUUUUUAAAUUUCACAACCUUUUAGAUCUCCUUGGUUAUUUUACCUUUAUCACACAUGAGUUCAACAGUCAACUUUAGCCGUGUUGUCCCUGAACACAGGGACAGAAACUAUUAGUUUGUAUCCUAUUGACAUAAACAUCCGCCACACACUUUUAAUAUCUAAUUUGAUUCAUGUGAUGCAUUACGAAUAGACUGUGUCCAGAGUGAUUCCAGAUGUCAUUUUGCCUUUACAGUUAUCAUUUUAUUUACACACUGAUUGGACUCUGCGCAUGAACUCUGGAUCCAGACUUGAUUUUUUUUAUGAAAGAAAAAUGCAGAUUGUUAAAUACAAAAUUCUAAUGAUAUUUGUACAUAACUGCGUGGCUGAGUUUUCAAUUACUUUGAUUUCAAAAUAAUCUUUACAAAAAAAUGUAUUUCAAAACACAAUACCCCUGUUCUUAGUGUUUUUUAAAGAGGAGGAAGUCCUACGUCGUUGGAAAUGUUCUGCCUGAUGGUUUAAUGUCGGGUUUUGGAACCGCAACACAAAGAAAGAAGUUGUGUCUUCUGUCCAGACGCUCCUCGCUCCCUGCAGGUGGAGGAGCUCUGAGGGGUCGCUGUCGGUGGGGAUGGGAACACCGGCGAGCGUUCGGGCUGUAAACAAAAUAAAGAAAAUCUCCAAAUAAAA